UGGAAGCGGAGACUGGGGCAGAAGGUGUGGGGGGAAGGGGUAACCUCCGCCCCGAAAGAGUGCACAGAUGCUCUGUGUGGGGUCGGCUAGUACUUCAUAUUUUCCCCAAAGGGAAAGAUAAAUAACCAUAAACACCAACAGUAAUGGUAGUAAGAAAAGAACCUCUACGCACAUGCAGUGUGCCUUUCCUAAACCACUAUGUAAUGAGAAUUGGCAAUCGGUCAUUGGAGGAAGGAAUCUGAAGUCAGAAGCUAUGACUUAGGGAGACUUAAGGCCUGACAUCUCUCAGUUAGGCACUGAACAGGAGCCCUCUUUUCCCUGGUGCAUUUAGGUCUCUUUCUCUUCUGUCUCUAAGCUGACUCUCGUGUUCCACAAAAAUGUUUGUACACCAGCUAUUAUGGUAGAUAAGUGAAGGUGUGAUGCAUAAUAUUUUUUCAACAUGUAUAUGUUGUUAAUGUGGAACAGAAUGUAGAAGCAAAAUCUGUUAUAUAUUCUAGUUUUCAGUGUUUGUAUUCAUAUUGCUGACUAAGGUGGCUUACUAAUGAUGUGGGGUGAGGUGGCCCCUGCAAGCAGCACCUGAAUCUCGAGGUGGUGAGGCGUCCCAACUCUACCACCUACAAGUAUCGCCUUGAUUGCCUGCUGCACCCCCAACUACCUGCUACCUUCUAAGCAUGCCUGUGCGUCCUCAAAUCUCUGUUGAAAAAAGGAGACAUUGUCAUAAUCUGGAAUGACAAAGGAUCGGGAUUUUCGAAGGAUGUUGCACUUUGGAAUGUGCAAGCAGCGACUGGUAAUUCACCAGUUUUCUUUGCAGAAUCUGUCCCUGCUUUGUGGUCUCAGCAGUGAUGGAGGGCUUUUCACGAGGACUCCUAGUCCUACUCUGCUUCUUGAUUGGUGGAACAGCUGAACGUAGGAAACGGGAAACAGCUCAAGGCAAGUUAGCAUAUACAUUCUGCAAUAAAUUUGAGCGUAUAAAUGUUACUGGAACCGAAAACUCUGUGAACUUCUGGCGUCCAAACUGUCAAUAUACAGACCACUUUAGUGUUGGACAUGUGGUUGUAGCAGGCUCCGAUAGUCCUUCUGGAUGGGCUAUAUUAGUAAAGGAUGAGAAUAACGGCCUUCUUAAAAGUCCUGAAGAGUUCAGGCGAAUAUGGCCCAAUGCAGCCACAGAAGAAAGAAAUACGCUUGCAUUAUUGGAGAUGGUUUGCAAAGGAGAAUUUAAAGCUUUAGGAAUCAUAGCUGUUAAUGGCAUCAAUCAACCUAACCGUCUUCUUCACAGGUGUGUCCAUGAAAGUGUGCUACUAGAAGGAUUAACUGAGCUUAUUGGGCAUGUGACUGAUGCUGGAAAACAUUCAGAAAUUGGAAUAUGGGAGGUCCAAGUACCUCUUCCUACAAUAUCAGGUUUAGCUGCAAACACUUUUAUAGCUGGGAACGAAGGUGGCAUAAUUGAUAAAGCAGUCCCCGAGGUUUAUGUCCUGAACAAACAGAAAUCCUAUCUGGAAGACAGUGCAUCUCUUCAGCUAAUGAAAAAUUCUAAUGUUGAUUCUAAUUGCAUCAUGGCAUGUUACGUCACUAACUGGGCUCAGUACCGUCCUAAUCCGGCAAAGUUUUUUCCAAAGGAUAUAGAACCAAGGUUGUGCACUGACAUCAUAUAUGCCUUUGCAUUCAUAAAGGACAACCAGAUUGCUCCUUCUGAAUGGAAUGAUGUACGUGAACUUUACCCCCAGACCCAAGCACUGAAGAGGAGAAAUCGUAACCUGGUGACCCUCCUAGCUGUUGGAGGAUGGAACUUUAGGGAUAGGUUUUCUGACACACUUUCUACACCUGAGAAACGCAAUCUCUUCAUCCGCUCAGUUAUCCCAUAUUUGCAGAAAUAUGGCUUUGAUGGGCUUGAUCUGCACUUUGAAUAUCCAGGUACUAGGGGCAGUCCUCCUGAGGACAAGCAUCACUUCACUUUGCUGGUACAGGAAAUGAUGGAAGCUUUUAAGAUAGAGGCCAAAGAGACUGGGAAUAAGAGGCUGAAGCUUACUAUAGCAGUUGCUGCUGGCAGACCAACAAUAGAUGCAGCAUAUGAAGUUGAAAAAAUAGUGAAGAAUGUAGAUUAUAUUAGUGUGAUGACCUACGAUUUCAAUGGUGGUACUUUUAGCAAAUACACAGGGCACAACAGCCCCCUCCACCGUGGUGAUCACCCUGAUGAAAAUCCAGAGUUCAACUGUGAAUUUGCUAUGAACUAUUUGGUUAAAAAAGGUGCUCCUCCUGAAAAACUUCUCAUGGGAUUCUCCACUUAUGGACGCACCUUCACUCUUAACUCCACUCACACAUCUGUAGGUGCCCGGGUUUCUGGGCCUGCCUCUGCUGGACGGUAUACAGGACAGGAAGGCUUCUGGUCUUACUAUGAGAUUUGCUCCUUUCUAUACAGUGGAGCUACUGUUCAGUGGAUCGAUGACCAGAAGGUCCCCUAUGCCUUCAAAGGUAAUGAGUGGGUUGGAUAUGACAACAAAAAGAGCUUUGAUUACAAGGCCCAGUUUGUGAAAGACAUGAAGUUUGGUGGGAGCGUGGUGUGGGCCUUGGACCUGGAUGACUUCAGAGGCAUUUUCUGCAGUGAUAGACCUUAUUCUCUGACGUAUCGCCUGAAGUUGAAUCUUUUGGGCAAUGCUGUGUGUUUAUGAGGACUGCUGUGUGUCCGUACCUGAGAGAGAUUAGUUUCACAUCCUAUUCAUGCGAUGUGCAUCAUGAAUCAAGGCCAAAUUUUAUAUCAGCUGAAAUUGGUGUCAAACAUUCCAGUGACUUCAGUAGUGCAGGAUCAGCUUCUUUUUAUGUUCUUCAAAUUAUCCUGGUCUUGAAGUUCUCAACAUGGAAUGUCGCAUCAAAACCUACACCAGGGUACCACAUUAUGUUCUUCUAAUCUGGACCCUUUUCAAUCUGGCUUCCGCCCCGGAUAUGGGACUGAGACUGCCUUGGUCGCUCUAGUGGAUGACCUACGCCGGGAACUAGACAGGGGGAGUGCGUCCCUGUUAGUUUUGCUGGACCUCUCGGCGGCGUUCGAUACCAUCAACCAUGGUAUCCUUCUGGGCCGCCUCUCGAGUAUGGGAAUCGGAGGUACUGCACUGCAGUGGUUCUGGUCCUUUCUUGGGAGGAGGGUCCAGAAGGUGGUGCUGGGGGACAACAGCUCGGCCCCGUGGCCGUUGGCCUGUGGGGUCCCACAGGGUUCAGUCUUGUCCCCCAUGCUGUUUAACAUCUACAUGAAGCCGCUGAGAGAGAUCAUCCAGGGACUUGUACUGAGUUGUCAGCAAUAUGCGGAUGACACUCAGCUCUAUCUCUCCUUGUCACCUGAUCCAAGGGAGGUGGUGGAU